AUGCGUGUUUAUUUUGUUAAUUUCUUUCAUUCAUUCAUUCUUUAUUUAUUUAUUUAUUUAUUCUUUCUUUUCUGCUGCCCUUCAUAUUUUAUUUCCCCCUCUUCUGUCUUUUUUCUUCUUUUUGACUCCUUUAUGCGUGUUUAUUUUGUUAAUUUUUUCAUUCAUUCAUUCUUUUAUUUAUUUAUUUUUUUAUUCUUUCUUUUCUGCUGCCCUUCAUAUUUUAUUUCCCCCCUCUUCUCUUUUUUUCUUUUUUUUGACUCCUUUAUGCGUGUUUAUUUUUUUAAUUUCUUUCAUUCAUUCAUUCUUUAUUUAUUUAUUUAUUUAUUCUUUCUUUUCUGCUGCCCUUCAUAUUUUAUUUCCCCCUCUUCUGUCUUUUUUCUUCUUUUUGACUCCUUUAUGCGUGUUUAUUUUGUUAAUUUCUUUCAUUCAUUCAUUCUUUAUUUAUUUAUUUAUUUUUUCUUUCUUUCUGCUGCCUUCAUAUUUUAUUCCCCCUCUUCUGUCUUUUUUCUUCUUUUUGACUCUUUAUGCGUGUUUAUUUUGUUAAUUUCUUUCAUUCAUUCAUUCUUUAUUUAUUUAUUUAUUUUUUUUCUUUCUUUUCUGCUGCCCUUCAUAUUUUAUUUCCCUCUCUUCUUUUUUUUUCUCCUUUUGACUCCUUUUAUGUGUUUAUUUUGUUAA